AUGUUCUCCUUCGGCACGCCCGCCGCCAGCUCGGGCUUUGGUGCGCCGCAGCAGCAGCAGGCCGGCCAGCAGGCCGGCCAGCAGGCGCAGCAGCAGCAGCAGCAGCAGCAGCAAGGGCAACAGCCGCCCGCCACGCCCGGCCCGCUCACGCUCGACCACCUCAGCCGCCCGGCGGGCAGCAGCGCCUUCAGCUUUGCGCAGCCGCAGCAGCAGCAGCUAGGCCAGCAGCAAGGCCAGCAGCAAGGCCAGCAACCGCAGCAGGGCCUCUUCGGUCAGCCGCAGCAGCAGCCUGGCCUCUUCGGCGGCGGCGGGCAGCAGCCGCAACCGACGCAGCAGUGGGGCGCUUCUCAGCCGCAGCAGCAGCAGCCGCAGCAGGGCGGAGCGUUCGGCGCGCAAUCAUGGGGCCUGGGCAGCUACGGCGCUCAGCCGCAGCAGCCGCAGCAGCAACAGCAGCCCGGCCAGACGUCGCACUUCGGCCAGCAGCCGCAGCAACAGCAGGGCAUGCAGCAGCAACAGCCGGGCCAGCAGCAGCAGCAGCAGCAGUACCAGCCAUUUGGCGCAUAUGGCGCACAGCAGCAGCAGCAGCCUAGCCAACAGCAGGCACCGCAGCAGGGCGUGCAGGCGCCGGAGAUGCAGUACCUGCCGGGUUACCUGGCCAAGCUGCGCGGUGGACGGCCCUACUCGUCGCCCACACGAGCCGAGCCGCAGUCGCCGCCUCACCUCGAAUCCACGCCAGCGCGCGGCAGCGCCGCAGCACGGCACGAAGGCAGCAGUGGCGCCGAUGGCGCCUCUUCGCCAUCUGCGCGUUUCUCCUCUUCCUUCUUCAGCAGUCCCGCCGCCGGUGCCUCGUCGCCCGAGCGCAGCUUGGCGCCGGGCGCGACGCGCGAAGGCAGCAUCUUCGGGCCCAGUGGUCUGCGCGGCAGUCGCAGAACUGGCGCCGCAGCGCUCGGACAGGGCACUCCGUCUCGCGAGAGUGUCGGCCCCGUGCGUCGGCGCGUCUCGAGCAGUCUGCGCAACUCUUCGGGCCUGGGCUUCAGUCCGCCGCGCGGCGGGGGCUUUGGCGCGCAGCAGGAGGAGGACGAUGCACCGCCGACGGACGUGCUUGCCGACGAGAGCGCCGCGUACGCACAAGCAAGCGCCAACUUGCGCUCCUCCACGUCGGCUGGCAUUCUGCCCGCUGCCCCACCAGCGCCAGCACCCGCCUCCACAGCGCCCGUCUCCAUUCCCGCCGCCACAGUGCGCGAGGAUGCGUCGCAGCGCACCAUCGUCGUGUAUGGCUUCGCCGCCACAUACGUGCAUGCCGUCGCGGAGCACUUCAAGACGCUCGGCGCCGUCGUUGGCGUGGAGCAGGAGGCGGAGUCGGCGCUGCGCAUCGAGUACACGGAGAGCUUCAUGGCGCUGCGCGCCCUGCGACGCACGGGCGAAGCAUUGCCGUUGGCUGGCGGUGCCUUCGUGGGCGUGCGAUGGGCCAGUGACGAGGCACAUCGACACGCGGUGCUCUACGGCCUCGACACUAGUUUGUCUGCCUCGCCUCUGCCAGGACACGCCUCCACGAAUGCCUUGAGCGUCUCCUCAAGCAACCAGCUCAGCUCGCGCGGCGGCACACCGGCGUUCGGACGGCCCAUCUCCGUCGUUGGCGAGCCGGCCAGUGCCUUCGCCAAGCGCGGCGGACCUGGCGCCAAUACUGCUGGCGCGCAGGCAGGCAACACGGGCAGCCCCUUCUUCCGCGGUGCAUCGGCGCUGCUCGGCGCGGGCAGCAAUCCGAGCACGCCGAGCAAGCCGGGCGCGCCGGCUGCGCACAAUCAGCAGGUGCACAAGGCGGACGGCGGCACGCCCUCGGGCGUCAUGGGCCGCAUUGGCGAUGCCAUCUUCGGAUGGUGA